AUGUUGUCUUCUAAGGAUUUUUUCGGCAGCAUUUAUCUUCCCCAUAUUCCAGGAAGAGCGCAGUUUACAGAAGACGUUGACGCAGAGGGAAAAACUGCUGUGAUAACUGGGGCCAAUAGCGGUAUUGGCAUGCAAACAGCUCGAGAGUUAAAUCUGAAAGGAGCCACUGUUUACAUGUUAUGCAGGGAUUAUGAACGGGCAUUUAGCUCCAGAAUUAAACUUACUCAGCUUGGUUGUGAUCCAAGUCGUCUUAUAAUUAAAGUAGUAGACCUUGCCAGCUUUGCAUCAAUUCGAGAGUCCGCACGAGAACUAAGAAAUGAGCUUAGUGUUAUUGAUAUACUAGUGAAUAAUGCUGGUAUCAUGGCAUAUCCAAAAUACGAAUUAACUGUCGAUGGUUAUGAAGUUACGUGGCAGACAAACUAUCUAGGGCAUUUUCUGUUUACGGAAUUGCUGCUACCACUAGUUGAACGUUCUGCUAAUGGAAGAAUUAUUAAUGUUUCGAGCUCGCUGCAUAAAAGAGCCGAUUCCGUGGAUUUUUUUGUGGUUAAUGAUCCGAGGAACUUUGGUCGGAACAAGUCAUAUUGUAGAUCUAAGCUUGCCCAAGUCAUGCAUGCACGUGAACUCUCGCGGCGAAUACGAGUUACAAACCCAUCAUCAAAUAUCACAGUAAAUUCAAUGCAUCCAGGAUUAUGCGCAACGAAUCUGGGCCGUUAUUCCCUGCUGAUGAAGACACCGUUUCGGCAAAUUUUCAAACUUCCAAUUUGGUUUUUCACGAAGACUGCUCUUUCGAGAGUCUUGCAGGAUGGAGCACAAACAGUUUUAUUUCUUUCUUUAAGCAGAAGUGUGCAAAGCGUAUCUGGAUCUUAUUUUGGGGAAUGUGCUGAACAAGAACCGUCUCCAAAAGCGUUGGAUGAUGAUUUGUGUAAUAUUUUAUACAAUUACAGCAUCGAAGGGGGGCAACAGUUCUCGGAGAAUGUUUCAGCAAAAGAAAAAAUUGCUUUGAUUACCGGAGCUAAUAGCGGACAUGGUUUGCAACUGACUAGAGAGCUGAAUUUGCGAGGUGCCACUGUUUAUAUGCUGUGCAGAAGCAGCGAACGAGCUCAGGAGGCUAGAUCUACGCUCACUAAACUUGGUUGCGAUCCAACACGACUGAUAGUAAAGCUAAUUGAUCUUGCUGAUUUUUCGACAGUAAAAAAGUUUGCUGAGGAGAUAAAAAAAGAAGUAACACAUAUUGAUAUACUUGUCAAUAAUGCAGCAGUAAUGAGUCACGAGAAGUUUGAACGCACCAUCGACGGCUACGAGUUUAUUUGGCAGUCUAACUAUUUAGGUCAUUUUCUCCUGACAGAACUUUUAUUACCACUUUUAACGGAAUCAAAAAAUGGACGUAUUAUCAAUGUUUCUGCUAGGCUUCACCAUAUGGCUGAUAGUGUGAAAAUUUCCAUAGUAAAUGAUCCAAAGAAGUUUCGCUUCUUAUUGCCAUAUGCGCGUUCCAAAUUAGCGCAGAUAAUGCAUGCACGUGAACUUACUCGUCGUUUACGAGCUUCAAAUCCUGCUGGUACGGUGACAAUAAACGCUCUUCAUCCUGGUGUUGCUGCAACCAAUAUUAUUAAAACGACUAUAUUUGGGAAAACUCCUCUUCGUCAGAUCAUCACAGUCUUUGGUUGGUUCUUCACGAAAACAGACAGGGACCUUGCGCAGACCGCACUGUUCCUCUGUUUGAGUAAGUCGGUGGAAAGUGUUUCUGGGAGAUAUUUCAAGGAUAUGAAAGAAAUGCAGCCAUCAGCAAAUGCACUGGAUGAUGAAGCUUCAAAUCUGUUGUAUCUUGAAAGCAGCGAAGCUAUCAAGUCCUAA